CAACCCUCCUGGUGGCACGCAGACGGCGGGAGUUCGUUUCGUUUGCGAUGCUGCUUGCGUUACGAAGGCAAAGUCGCUGCGCUGUUUGAGAGAGAGAGAGAGAGAGAGAGAGAGAGAGAGAGAGAGAGAGAGAGAGAGCGCGAACGCUCUCCCGCUUCCUCCGUUCCCUUCUGUACGCGAAGGUGAGCACAGAGGAGCAGAACCGGACCCCUGCCGCCAGAGAGAGCGCGUUACUUCCGAGACGAACUGCAGACACAGACGGGCGGAGUGUGUACGACUCGGGAACGCGCCGUCAAGGACGCCGCGCUACAUGGCCUUCUCCUGACAGCCCCCAGCUCGCACGGCGCUCCGCGCGCAGCCGCUCAAGGCCGAAGGAAGACAGAUCUGUAGGUGGGGGGAGGCUGCGGCUCUGAAGGUAUCCUUUCCGCGCCUUGCUGGUGGUCUCUCCUCCUGCGCGCGCGGCACGAGAACGCGGAAGAGGACCCGGGCGGAUCUGUGCUGCGGAAUAUUUACACUGUAGCAGAGUGAGGUGACACACAGUACAGGGAAUCGCGGUGACACGGCGGCGCGCAGACGGCGGAUUAACACACGCCUGUGUCCGAAAUAAGACGGGAGCCACGAGGAAACUUAAUUCUCGAUGCUGGACUCCGAUGUUGUGGAGGACAUGAUCUUUUCAACCGAUUGUUUCAUCAAUGAGUUCUUCACCGACUUUUUGACACAGUACAGCUAGAGACCACCCAGCCCAACCCUUAAACCCCCCAUCCCGCUCAGCUCAAAAUGCUGAUCAAGGAGUACCGCAUCCCCAUGCCUAUGAGCGUGGAGGAGUACCGCAUCGCACAGCUCUACAUGAUACAGAAGAAGAGCCGCGAGGAGACCUGUGGCGAGGGCAGCGGGGUGGAGAUCCUGGAGAACCGGCCUUACACAGACGGCCCGGGUGGCUCUGGCCAGUACACCCACAAGGUGUACCACAUUGGCAUGCACAUUCCCAGCUGGUUCCGCUCCAUCUUGCCCAAAGCGGCCCUGCGUGUGGAGGAGGAGUCCUGGAACGCCUACCCAUACACGCGCACGCGAUACACUUGUCCCUUCGUGGAGAAGUUCUCUAUUGACAUUGAGACGUACUAUAAACCCGACACGGGGAACCAGGUGGAUGUCUUCAACUUGUCCUCUGCAGAGAAGAGACAGAGGAGUCUAGACCCCAUCGAUAUUGUGAAGGACCCCAUCCCCCCAAAUGAGUACAAACCAGAGGAGGACCCCCGCCUUUAUAAGUCUGUGAAGACAAAGAGGGGGCCCCUAGCAGAAGACUGGAUUGAGGAGUUCAGGAACAAUCCGGACAAGACACCCAUCAUGUGUGCCUACAAGCUGUGCAAAGUGGAGUUCCGCUACUGGGGCAUGCAGUCCAAAAUCGAGCGUUUCAUCCAUGAUGUGGGACUGCGGAAGGUGAUGGUGCGAGCUCACCGCCAGGCCUGGUGCUGGCAGGACGAAUGGUGUGGCCUCACCAUGGAGGACAUUCGGCAGCUGGAGCUGGAGACACAGCUGAUGCUGGCGCAGAAGAUGGCACAGUUUAGCUGCACAGAGGAGACGACUGACACGGGCCGUGCCACUGGCUCACCUGAGAAGGACCAGGGUGCCAAGGAAGUGAUCAGCUCUAUCGAGGCGGAGGGAUCAACGGGAGCAGUGGACACGCUGCAGGCACGGGCAGGUCUCACCAAGCAGUGGUCCACCUCCUCCAGGUCUUCACGCUCAUCUAAGAGAGGAGGGAGUCCAUCUCGGCAGAGUAUCUCGGAGUGGAGGAUGCAGAGCAUUGCACGGGACUCCGAGGACAGCUCUGACGAGGAGUUCUUUGAUGCUCACGAGGACCUUUCGGACAGUGAGGUUGUCUUCCCCAAGGAGAUCACCAAGUGGAGCUCCAAUGAUUUGAUGGACAAGAUUGAGGCUGCCGACGUUGACGAAAGUCAAGGGGAGCUGUAUCAGGAGACAUCUGGAGAGUAUGCAGUGGUGGCUAGUGUGGAGACGCUCAACGAGGAUGGCUCCACACAGGAAUCCCUGCAGCCAUCCAAGAUCCACGUCCUCAUCCUUGUUUUGCAUGGCGGUAACAUCCUGGACACUGGCGGUGGUGACCAGAGCAGCAAGCAAGGGGACGUCAACACCAUCAGCACAGCCUUUGAGACGGUGAUGCGCGUGCACUAUCCAGCAGCCCUGGGCCGCAUUGCCAUCCGCUUGGUGCCUUGCCCCGCCAUCUGUGCCGAGGCUUUCUCCCUGGUGUCCAACCUGAGCCCCUACAGCUACGAUGAAGGGUGCCUCUCCAACAGCCAGGAUCACAUUCCAUUGGCUGCCCUGCCACUGCUUGCCACCUCCUCGCCGCAGUACCAGGAAGCUGUGGCAACCGUCAUCGUGCGGGCCAAUCAGGUGUAUGGUGACUUCAUCAAGUCCCUGGAGGGCGCUACCUUCUCUGGACAGGUAUGUCUGAUUGGGGACUGCGUGGGAGGAAUCCUCGGGUUCGAUGCCCUCUGCAACAGCAGCCAGAUGGUGUCUGAGAGCCAGAACAGCAGUCGGCGUGGCAGCGUGGUGAGCGUUCAGGAUAACGACCUGCUGUCCCCUGGGAUCGUCGUCAACAGCAGCUACUGCUCGGCAGCCUCCUCGCUGGAGGGCAGCCGCCACCUGAGCCGCAGUAACAUCGACAUCCCACGCUCCAGCGGGCCCGACGACCCAAAGAAGCAGCUGCCUCGCAAGCGCAGCGACUCGUCCACUUACGAGCUCGACACCAUCAAGCAGCACCAGGCGUUCCUGUCCAGCCUGCACUCCAGUGUGCUGAGGAGCGAUGUAGGCUCCCGCAGGUCCAGCAGCAGCACUAUGCUGGAGGGGAACUCUUUGGGCAAGUUUGACUUUGAGGUGUCGGACUUCUUCCUCUUUGGAUCCCCCCUGGGCCUGGUGCUCGCCCUCAGAAAGACUGUCAUUCCAAUGCUGGACGUGGCCCAGCUCCGACCAGCCUGCCAGCAAGUGUACAACCUCUUCCACCCUGCUGACCCCUCAGCUUCACGCCUUGAGCCCCUUCUGGAGAAGAAAUUCCACCUUCUGCCCCCAUUCAACGUGCCCCGGUAUCAGCGCUUUCCGCUCGGGGACGGCAACUCUGCUCUGCUGGUGGAGACAAUCCAGAGCAACCCCCAGCUCCUGAUGGAGAGUGGGGGCACCCUCUCCCUACGCUGCCAGGAAGGCAUCAGCGAGACCUGCAUCCCCGUGCCCGUGUUAAACUGGCAGGACGGUUCCCUGAAGGCCACGCCUGUUGCAGCAGAGCCAGAUGUUGUUCAGUCUCAUGGUGGUGUCUUCGUGGACAGUUCGUACCCCUCCUCUCCCAUUACUGCCCCCCAGUGCCGGGGCACAAGGAGGGCCAGUGAGGUCAGCAUUGCCAGCCAGGUCUCAGGAAUGGCAGACAGUUACACUGCCACCAACAUAGCCAACACACAUCAACGUAGCCAUUCCAAAAAGCGUAGUUUUCUUUCCCACCUCAGCCUCCCUUGCGAUAAGUCACUCCUGAGGCAGCCUACCCCUAAGUCCACUAGAAAGUCGCUUUUCACAGGCCCACACAUGAACGGAGACUCAGGCUGUUUGGAUCACGUAGAGAGGAGCAGCUGUACGAGCUCUGAUGUUGCUGCCGAUCAGGUCUCUGAUUUGGUCUCUCUGGUCACUCAGCUGGACAUUGAGCAAGUCGCAGCCCGCUGGUGGGGCACCAAGCGGAUCGACUUUGCACUCUACUGCCCUGAUGCCCUGACUGCCUUUCCUACUGUGGCCCUGCCCCACCUCUUUCACGCUUCCUACUGGGAGUCCACCGAUGUGGUGUCCUUCCUGCUCCGACAGGUCAUGAGACAUGAGAAUUCCAGCAUCCUGGAGCUGGAUGGCAAGGAGGUGUCUGAGUUCACUCCCUCCAAACCGCGUGAGAAGUGGCUAAGGAAGAGGACCCACGUAAAGAUCAGGAAUGUCACAGCCAACCACAGGGUGAACGAUGCAGUAUUCACAGAAGAUGGACAGCAGGUAGUGACUGGAAGGUUCAUGUACGGCCCACUGGAUAUGGUCACAUUGACCGGGGAGAAGGUGGACAUCCACAUCAUGACCCAGCCUCCGUCAGGGGAGUGGGUGUACUUUGACACCGAGCUGACCAACAGUAGCGGCCGUGUCUCUUAUGUAAUCCCCGAGGGUAAACGGCUGGGUAUCGGGGUCUACCCAGUGAAGAUGGUGGUCAGGGGUGACCACACCUUUGCAGACAGCUACUUGACCGUGCUGCCUCGUGGGACUGAGUUUGUGGUGUUCAGCAUUGACGGGUCUUUUGCAGCCAGUGUGUCCAUCAUGGGCAGUGACCCUAAAGUGCGGGCUGGGGCAGUAGACGUCGUCAGACACUGGCAGGACCUGGGCUACCUGAUCAUCUACAUCACGGGCCGGCCAGACAUGCAGAAGCAGCGUGUGGUUGCCUGGCUCUCGCAGCACAACUUCCCCCAUGGCAUCGUGUCCUUCUGUGACGGCCUGGUCCACGACCCACUCCGUCACAAGGCCAACUUCCUCAAGUCGCUAAUCACUGAUGCUCACAUGAAGAUAUUUGCUGGGUAUGGCUCCACAAAGGACAUCUCGGUGUACUCCUCCAUAGGACUGGCGCCCUCACAGAUCUACAUUGUUGGGCGACCAACCAAGAAGAUGCAGCAUCAGUGUCAGUUUAUCACAGAUGGCUACGCAGCCCACCUUUCCCAACUGGAGUAUAACCACCGCUCACGGCCUGCCAAGAGUGGCAGCGCCCGCAUGGUGCUCCGCAAGGGCAGUUUCGGCCUCGGGGCCAACAGCGACUUCCUGCGCAAACGCAACCACCUGCUGCGCACCAUCUCCUCACAGCCGACGCCGAGCUCACCCACAGGGGCCAGUGGCCACGCCCGGCCUGAGCGCACCCAGAGCCAGUCGGACAGCGAGCGUGAGCGCACGGAGCGGGCGCAACGCAGCAUGAGCAUUGCUGCCGGCUGCUGGGGCCGCAGCGGCAGUGCCAAACAGGAGCCCGGGGCCCUCAGCCCCAAGUAGGAAAGCGGGGCCGUGUGCAGAGGGAUGGAAGGAGAAGGAGAACCUGAAAGAGGGAGGAGCGAUAAAGGGCCAGUGAAUUGAGGGUUUCAAACCCUGGUGUCUCGGCCCUAGGGCAGGGGUGGGGUAUGGGAAGAUAGUCACACACAAAAAAACACAUGGUGCUACAAACCAUUCUUGUAGGAAAGGAAAAUGCCACAAUGUCAGCAAGGUCAGUGCUGGUAGAGUUGAAUUUUCAAUACUGGGAAAAAAGUAUAAAAAAUGUUCAGAAAAAACUGUUAUUAAAAAUUCAAAAUGCAGGCCUUAAGUACAAUGCUAGGAGUAGGGGCUCAGUAUCCCCACCCAUGGCAGGAAAGACAUGGAAAAACGUAUAUAGAGGAGACAGGAACAGGCAUAGCAGGAGACCGGGGAUGGAUCCUACUGCUUCGAAACAUCCGUACUUUUACCUAGGAAUCUCUGAGACUUCAUGUGUAAAUAUGUACCCUCCCCCCACAGCAAGGUGGACAGAGGAGUGCAGGGUGGGCUUGGAGGACACCAAUAUUUUAACACAAUCACAAUGGCAGGAGGACAGUGCACAAUGCAGCAGAGCCCUGACUCUCCCCUCCCACUUUAGAGUAGCAUUUGGCAAUAAGGAAUAAAUCUCUGCUUAUAUAUCACUUAAAGAAAUGUACAUGUUUUUAGCAUGGCAGUUCAUCAGAUGCCUUAUGUACGUAAAGCAUUUUUUGAGGAAGCGGCUAAAGUACUGAUGCAGUGACAAGGGUGAGUGAUUGGCAGAUAAGGCUUCGCUUUAAGAUUUGUAGACAAAAGGACACUUUUUCCUCCAGUGUGUAAUAAGGCAACAAUCCCUUUAUCUUGGCAAUUGACAUGCAAUACCUCCCUGGAAGCUUCUCAUCGACGGCGGAUCAGGUCGCACAGCCGCUGCACGGAGCGGUGGCACCCGCAUCGUCCGGCCUGGCUAAAGUAGGACGUUCUGGAGGCUGCAUGUUUAUGGCCGCACAGCCUUGAAACCUCACACCCGCCCCACCCCCAUAACCCCCAUGACCAUCUGGCAUCGCAUCCUUCAACUGUGGCUGCUCGAACCUGCACGUGCCAUUCAUUCAGUGCGUCAGCGCUGACCUGGGCCAGGUUUGUCUUGCAAACCAACAUCCUUUGGGAAGAAGUAGAAGGAGCUACCAACUAUGUUUUUCGUGACCUCAGGGCUCCUCAAGGUGGCUGAGGAGAAGAGGGCAAGAUCGCAGCAGCUGAGUGACGAGGACAACGACAAGGAAGGGGAGGAUUGAUGGGAGAUAGAGAGGCAACUGAGGCAGGAAGGCGGGGAGCUUCAGAUGCUCAUGGGAUGUCAAGUGGCUCCAGGAAGUAGGGGGCCCCGGGUGCUUAAACUUAUAGAGCCAUGCCUCACAAUUGACUCCCAUGCACCCCUGCUGGACCAACCAGGGAAUUACACUUUCUUCAAAAAUCAAAUCAAAAACAGUACAAUGGCCAAACUCAUAUUAAAAAAAAAAAGCUGUAGAAGCUCAACUGUAUAACCUCAUUGUUUUUUUGCACUAAGUUUAUAGUGGAGAAUAUUGUUACCAUUUCAUGUUGCUACAUAUGGAUAUUUUGUAGUGCAUGAGUGCUAUUAUUUAAUGCCUAUCCAGAUUGUGUCUGCAUCCAUAUGUGUUUCGUUCACUAGCAGGAUUAGACCGAUACACUACUGGGAUAUAGAUGCAUAUAUAAGUGGAUCAGGCUGAAUCCAACAUUUCCUCCUUAAUGUACAGGAGAUAAAGCUUUGAAUGUUUAUUUUGCUCUCAAGGCAAAUGACUUGCUUGUAUAGUUUGGAUAACAUAGGCUUGUACAAAAAUGAUAGAGCUAGCUUAAUUUUUACCCAUACAUGACGCAUUACUGAAAAUAGCACUCUGAGCAAAUGAAGUGAUGUAGGUAGAUGUACAGUAUAGUCCUCCUCUGAAAGAUUAUAAAUUCUCUGAGCAAAGAGAGAUUUGUUUUACUGAAAUUCAGCUGCAAGAAUAUAUUAUAACAAUCAUCAGUGGUAAUAGACCUUACAGUCGUUUGUUUUGUACAGUAUUAUCUUAAUGCUACUGUCUGCAGUCAAGCAAAACACUGGAACAGUAUCACUGUAUGCUUUUGGAAUACUUUUAUCAUUAUGCUGUCAUAGCAUAUGUUUGGAAAUUUGGGAUACAGCCUCCCACUUAAUCGACGCUCAAAUGGAGGCACGAAAUGUGCGCAUAGCCUGAUGAAACGGUUUAAAGUGCAAACUGUUUGCAAGCGGUUUAACAUAAAACAGUGUAGAUAGUGUAAAGUUUAUGUAAAUGUCAUGAAAAGUAGGCAUAUACAGCUGAGAAGUAUUUAUUUAUGUAGAUUUAUAAGGAUAUGGAUCUUUCAGGUUUAUUACAUUUAAAGAUGUAGCUUUUUUGUGUUGCAAAUGUGUACAUGAUUGCUAUUUUAUGGACCAACUACAUCUGUCAGCGCUCAAAUUAAAAUAAUUCCAACCCCCUGCACACAGAGCAGCGCCACCAUGUAGAACGUUGCCGCACUGACAAUCACACUCUGUCACACUCUGUCACACUCUGUCACACUCGGGGGGGGGAUUUUCCUUCUAUACCCACUCGAUACCCCACAAACAAGAGGAAGUAGGAGUGUGGCAUGUGGUGUUGGGAGCAAAUCAAGUCUGACACAGAUCUCGUGGGCUGCCUCGGCAUCUGCUGGGCAUUAGGGGUAGCAGGCCCUUCUGAGCAAGUUAUACCUGUACAUUCAGGACACGAUAGCAGUGUUUUACGACAUAUUGCCCGUUUGUAAUUCCAACGUGGCAUCACAAACUGACCGAUGCACACAAAGGGACCUUAACCUUAGAGAAUUCCUCUUUAAAACAAGGCGGCUUGUAAUGAAUAUUUAUAAACUGUUCCAUGUAGUAUAGCCAUCCUGCUUGCAUGAUCUUCAUGACUGCUUUUAAUCACUUAUGAAUUGAGAAACACCAGCCUACCAUGACACCGUCCGGUCCACACAUUCGAGCACUGGUUACUGAACAGAACAUGUUCAGGUCUUCACAAACACAUUGAAAACCCAACCUAAAGCACACCUCUUCCAUGUGUAGUCUCCACUCAUCUGUCAGUGUCCGCAUGUUUCUCCAAACUAAAAUGUUUGCCUUUCGUAAACAAACAUCAUGCUUUCUAAAGAUGUUCUACCACUGAGUUUUUAAGACGUGCGGAGAAACAGUGUGCAAAACAAACUUCACCAGUUCUUCCAGCUGAGCGAAAGGAGAGCUAAUUGGUGAAGAUGAGAAGAGCUCAGGAUGUUCACUGUAAAGGUCGGAAGUGUUAUUUAUUGGUGGAGGGUGACACCUCCUGCUGUUGCCACGUUGCCAUAUUCUUUGGAAAGAAAGGAGACUAAGCAAUGACAGGCUGUCCAUCUGAAGUGUGUAUCACUCGCAGCUCACCACCCCUCUAUACCCAGCUGAACUCUGUUUACUACUCUCCCAAAAUGACAAAAAAACAAUUUUGUAACAGGAAUAUUUUUCAAAUGUUUCUAUUUUACCUAUAGGCAUUUAAGCUUCAAGGUAUUUUUCCUUGCAGAUUUAACAAGUGAUAUAAAUUAAAAAAAAAAGUAUGAUGUAAUAUUUAUAUUCAAAAGAUUACUCUGCCAUCACUGCAAGUCUCAACUUCAUUGCAGUAGUGGUUGACACUUUACUACAGUAUGGCCACACUCUGGUUAAUAAUUAUGUAGGUUUUAUCAAUGAAGUGGUCACCCACAAAUAUUACAG